AAGAGUCAAUCACCAUCAUAGAGAUCAAUCAUUUUUGUCAAAUUGACAGCGUCACAUCACAACAAUCAAAUUAUUGGCCAGUGUUUGUUAUUUAGGGAAUAAAUAAUAAUCAUUUAUUUGAUUAACCCAUGAAAUAAUACGUUGUGGUGUUAAGUUUUUCAAAAUAAUCUACGUUACCCAUCAAGUGGAUAUAUAAUUCUGUGAUAUCUUUUCAAAUAUACAAGGAUAUAAAGUACCUCAAACCUAAAAUUAGAAUCAUUAUCAAAAUAAUACAUUAGAAUAACUUCAUUGAUACAAAUUAGAUAUCAUUAUGGCUGACGAAUAUGCUGCAGUUAAGCGUGGGAAACUAAUACUUAAAGGAGACAAGCCUAAGGCAAAGAAACGCAAACACAAGAGAAAGGAAAACUCAGAUGACUCAAAAGUAGAUGAGGACUCUAUGAAACAUGGUGGUUGGUGGAAGGUUGAGAAAAUUGAAGAUAUAACUGGCUCCAUAUCCAUAGAAUUUGGCAAUAAUGCUUAUGUAUCAGCUUUGGAUAAUGGCCUUUUCACCCUUGGUGCUCCACAUGGAGAUGGGGAAGGCCCUUCUCCGGAAGAAAUAUUCACAGCAUUUCCAGCUGGAGAGAACAAAUUUGCUUUGAAAUCUGGAUAUGGAAAGUAUUUGGGAGUAGCAAAGGACACUGUUGUUGGAAGAUCUGAUGCUGUUGGUGCUAUGGAACAGUGGGAACCUGUGUGGCAGGAUGGUAAAACAGCAAUCCUGAGUUCCCUAAACAAGUUCAUGUCAGUGGACCCUGAGGAUGACGCAGUGGUUGCUCGCACUACUUCGGCUGGUGUCAACGAGUUCUGUAACAUCCGCAGCAAUAAGACCAAGGAGGUCAACAAGUCUGUCCUGCCUGACGAGGAGCAGGCUGAUUUGUCACAAGUUGAAGUUAAUUAUGUCAAGAAGUUCCAGAAAUUCCAAGAUAAGAAACUAAGGCUGAACGAUGGGAGCAUCUCGGAGCUGAAGAAAGCAAAGACAGAAGGCAACCUGCACGAAACAUUGCUAGAUCGUAGGAGUAAGAUGAAAGCUGACAGAUACUGUAAAUAGUUAAAUAGAUGAUAGUUUUACAAUGAUAA